AUGCACGUAAUUAAGGAAGGACGGAGCGAAUCCACUUGGCGCCGUUGGCAGUGGAGUCCCCCGGUGGCUGAGUCAGCGGACAACGGCAAACCAGGCAAACCGGACAAACAGCACAAACCCAGCGUUCGUUGCCAGCCCCAAUCCAUCUUGACUGCCGAUAACCACGAAGUAGAUCGCAUCUCCAUUGUCGUCCAUGCAGCCAUGACGUCCGACUCUACCCCCUCAAAACCAGGGGGCAUGCUAUCUCUAUAUGCUAACCUCCUGGAUCCCUCCGCCGACUCUGCGUCUCCCGGUACGAUCUCACGGGCUCCCGUGGUCUUCAAGCAAGCUGCCGAGGGCGAAGUGCCGACGGAUGAAUCGACGGCCAAAAAGCAACAGCAGUUGAACUCUGCCUCUCUCCGAUUCCAACCGACAAAACGACCACAACUCUCCGCGCAGAAACCUAAAGCGAAACCGAAUCUGCCCAAGACCUCACAGCCCCCCGCUGCGAACGCCCCGGUCAAGACGUCUCUUGCAGACUGGGCCGCGACCGAGGAUGACGAUGUGAAUGGAUUCUAUGCCGGUCCGAAGCGACAGCGCGGUGGGCGCAAAAAGCGCAAGAAGAACCGAGAUACCCAGGAGAUGAUGCAGAACUGGGACGAUAUUUACGAUCCGUCACGCCCCAAUAACUAUGAAGGAUACAAGCACAGCGAUGAGCAGAUAUCCGAGGUCCGGGAGUGGAAGGAUCGCCUCUAUGCACAUCGCAUGGCGCGAUCGCGGAGUCGGGAUUCGCUGAGUGACGAUGAUUAUGAGAGACCGAUGAACCGACAAUUCGCCCCUCCGAGUAACUUUGCGCCUCCCCCGAAUCUCAACGAUCAUCCGCCUGCACCACCGCUCGAACGCCGCGUCUCCGAUCAUUCCGUCCCCCCUCCACCUGCAGAACCAGCUGCUCACGUGCCGGAUGAUCCCACAGGAGAGGAAGCCUACCUGCGACGGCUGCAGAUGUCCGCCGGCCCUCAGACAACGGCGGAACCAGCUCCUCCUCGGGCCCUGGACGCGCUACAACCGGCCUCAGCGACGAUAUCCCGUGCUCCGGUCCGAUACAGCCUACCUCCCCCUCCGGAGGACAUUCCUGCUUCGGAGGCUGAGCUCGAGGAAGUAUUUGCGAAGGAGCAACCGGCAGAAGACGAAACGGAAGGGGACGGUCAGCGAUCGCUACGGCCUGGACAACAAGGAUUCGCCGAACGACUCCUGGCCAAAUACGGCUGGACAAAGGGCUCUGGAUUGGGCGCAUCAGGCUCCGGGAUUGUCAAUCCGUUGCAAGUCAAGGUCGAAAAGCAGAAGAAACGACCGGAUUCGGAGGGCGGUGGCUUUGCUACACCUGCUGGCAGGGGCAAGAUCAUCGGCGGCGCGAGGAAGAAAGAAGACGAGGGCAAGUUUGGGCCCAUGAGCGAGGUCAUCAUUAUGAAAGGCAUGCUGGAUGGCAUGGACCUUGAGGCCGAGCUGGAGGGUAACCAGGAGGGCGGCUUGAUGCAGGAAAUCGGCGAAGAAUGCUCAGAGAAGUACGGCAAUGUGGAACGAGUCUACAUCUCUCGCAGCUCGGGUCCUCCCGUGCCGGUGUUUGUCAAAUUCACCAACCAGCUAUCGGCUUUACGAGCUGUGAAUGCUCUAGAAGGACGAAUAUUCAACGGCAAUGCCAUCACCGUUCGGUUUUUCGACUCGCAGAAAUUCGAGCAGGGCAUCUAUGAAUGACCGACCAUAGCAUAGAAGUGGAUAUCAUGGAACUGAUCAUUGGAAUCAAUGGCAUUGUUUCAUCACAGUUUUGGCCAAAUGACUCCAACAAAUUUCGUCAAGGUUCAUCGCUUUCUCCCAAAUAUUUUUGCCCCUCCCAGAAAAGCAAGAAAGAAGAAAGUCCAGGCAGUCCAGUCUAUCCCAACCAUCAAAAAGUGAUUUCGUUGAAGAGAUCCAUCUCUUCGUCCACAGCACGAUUUGUACAGCGGAGGACUGAUGCAUCACUCUUGGUCGGGGAGCUGGUUGGGCUUCUUUCGUGCAUGCUUGUAGUUGUGGAAGAUCGCCCGUCUGUCAUGUCUGCCAUCAGGGCAAACAGCUUCGUCUUUUGAGACCUGUGAAUCUUGCACUCGCGACACAGGCCGAUCAUGGGAAUUUCCCACAUUCUGAGUUCAGGACAGCUAUAGCCCGUGCGGAGGAUACUCUGACAUGCAAUGCGCGAAUUAUAGCAUCGAGUUGUGUGGGAACAAAUGGCAUGAUACCAGAUAAUUGCAUGGCACAUUGCAGCAAAUCUCCGAUCGUGCUGUACCGCUCUACAUGAACUAGGAGGUGGAACGGUAAUUAUGAUUAUGGACGUAGAACAAAGCUUUGGUAGGAUAAGGGAAAUUCCAUGAAAAGUAUGGGAGAUGGGACAUGUAUGACAUGGACGGCUCUCUGGGCUUUUAUAUUAGGGCGAUGCGAUCGCCUCAGUCUACUUGUUCAAAGGUAGGGCAACGGGCUCCCAAAGAUGCCCAACACCCACAAGGAAGCCCUGUCCUGGGAUUCGCCCUGUUGUUGUCCACGAGUCUUUAUUUGAUAGAUUGCCGCAUCAUCGGAGGUGUGGUUCAUAUUGAUUCCUUUGUGGCAUCGCACAAAGACAUGGGGACAGCAAACAAAGGGAGGCAGGGUACUUUCCCCACGUACAAUAAGUUGUUCAUAGUUCAUAGUUCAUAGUUACUAACACUCUCCGUGACUGUGGAUAGUCUGUUCAUAACUGCAGGUGACCGGGGGCUGAUCAGGUGACUGGCCCACCCGUGAUUGGCCGUGGCGCAUCCAACC